AUGAAGACAAUUAAUUUUAAAUUUGAUUGGUAUAUUGAAGGUCUAAAAAAGCUUCACGAAAAUCUCUCUAACACUAGACCACUUCAAUUAACAAGUGAAUCAUUUUCCAGUCCAGACUUCCCAGCAGUGGCAUGGGAGUUACGUGUUGAACUUACUAAAGGGAGCAAUAAUAUUAAUGUUUGGCUUCGUCAAAUAGGGCCAAAUAAUUUAAAGGGUUAUGGAAAUACUAAAUAUAAAAUCUAUGCGAAUAAUUAUGAUUCUGUAGUAGAUAUUGCUGAGUUAAGGGCAAUUAUUUAUUUUAAAAAUAUUUUUUAAAGAUCUACGCACAGAUUUGAAGAUCAAGAAAAGUUGGGCUGGAGAAGUAUUUCUUUGAACAAAUUAGUUAAUAAUGGUAAUUAAAUAGAGAGUUAAUAGAAAAAUCAAAGUUUUUUUGUAGCUCUAGGUAAUUUAAACCUUUAUUGUGAAGUUGAAAUUAAUUGUUAUGAUUCGGCUGAUAAUUUAAAGAAAAAUUAUCAGAAUAUUUUUGAGAAUGGACUAUUUAGUGAUUGUGUUAUUAAG